AUGUCCUCCAGCAAGCAACAAACUCAAUCUGUCCAAGAUCAAGCUGACAGGAUCCAAUUGUCCCAAGUCCUCGAAACUCAACAAACCAAGGUCAACGCUUUGAAGUCUGACAAGAAUGCCAAUCAAGCAGAUGUUAAUGCUGCUGUCGAAACAUUAGAGGAAAUCAAGAGAGAAUUAAACAAGUUGGAGAACGGUAGAGGCGGUGUCUCUCAAUUGAAGGAUAUGUAA